CACUUCCUGGCUCUGCGUCUGACGUGUCUAAAACAGCAUUGCACUGGUGGUGGAUUUUAUCAUCUUUAAAGAAUUACCUGAUACGUGGGGGCAAGAUGCUGGACUUCUUCACCAUCUUCAGUAAAGGGGGGAUAGUGCUGUGGUGUUUCCAGGGAGCCGGGGUCAGUGAGUCCUUCGCGGGGCCCGUCAACGCGUUGAUCCGCUCCGUCAUCCUCCAGGAGCGAAGUGGGAAUAAUUCCUACUCUCACGAGGCCCUGAGUCUUAAAUACAAGCUCGACAAUGAGUUUGAGCUCAUAUUUGUGGUGGGUUUUCAAAAGAUCCUGACGCUGACGUAUGUGGACAAGUUCAUAGAUGAUGUUCAGCUUCAUUUUAGAGAUCGUUAUAAGAAUGAGCUGGAGCAGAAGGGUGCACUGAAACUCCUUAACAAUAACUUUGAGUUCGAAGACGACUUCACAAUGCUUCUAAGAGAGGCGGAAGAGAGCAGCAAAGCUCGGAGCCACGUCGCCAUGCGGUCCUUCAAGGAGUCAGAGAAGUCCCAAAAAACUGUGAAGUCCAUGAUUGAGACGAAGGGUGGGGACAAAACCAAGGAACAGGGUGGCAAGAAGAAUAAAAAUACCAAAAAGGAGGCAGCUCCUGCAGCUGAUUCUGCCAAAGGUGACAAGCUCAAGGUCACAUCAUCUGGGCAGAAGACUGUUGAGAAUGGGAACCAGGGCUUGACUCCUGAGGAGGACAUGCAGAAGAAGAGAGAGGAAUUCUUUCGCAAACGCAUUGUGGGAACUACUGAAAAACCCAUUAGUAGCAGUAAGUCUCCAAAGCCCCAGAAACCAAGAGGGAAACGAAUGCGUGUUUGGGACAUGGGAGGCAACAGCACCAAGGAGCUUGACUACAGCAAAAGUAAAGGAGAGGGCUCCACUAACGGUGACGACCAGAGCCUGGAAACCAAAAUGGACCCAGGGAUGCAGGUGAGCUCCAUGGAGGGAGAGCUUCCGCCUGUGGACUACGAGUCCAGUAACGAUGGGGAGAUGGAGGAAGAGGAUGAGAGAGUGGUUGUCAGUGGAACAAGCAAGACAAGCUCCAAAAAGGGUGGCAGCUUUGGGGGCAUGUUUGGGAUGCUGAAGGGCCUGGUGGGCUCCAAGAGCCUGAGCAGUGAUGACAUGGAGCCAGUGCUGGAGAAGAUGAAGGAGCACCUCAUCACAAAGAAUGUAGCAGCCGACAUUGCCUCCAAGCUCUGUGACUCUGUAGCCAUAAAACUGGAGGGAAAAGUCAUGGGCACAUUCACCACUGUGGCCUCUACAGUAAAACAGGCCCUACAGGACUCGCUGGUGCAGAUCCUGCAGCCCAAGCGAAGGGUGGAUAUUCUGAGAGAUGUCAUGGAUGCACAGAGCCAGCGACGGCCCUUUGUCAUCACAUUUUGUGGCGUCAAUGGGGUCGGAAAGUCCACCAACCUGGCCAAGAUCUCCUUCUGGCUGAUCGAGAACGGUUUCACAGUGCUGAUCGCAGCCUGUGACACUUUCCGUGCCGGGGCAGUGGAGCAGCUCCGCACUCAUGAGAGGCGCCUGAACUCUCUGCAUCCCCGGGAGCAGCAUGGGGGACGGCCCGUAGUUCAGCUCUAUGAGAAGGGCUACGGCAAAGAUGCGGCUGGAAUUGCCAUGGAAGCCAUUGCCUAUGCUCGCAACCAGGUCUUUGACGUUGUGCUGGUGGACACUGCUGGGCGUAUGCAGGACAACGCCCCCCUAAUGACAGCCCUGGCCAAACUCAUCGCAGUCAACAUGCCUGACCUGGUGCUGUUUGUUGGGGAGGCUCUGGUGGGCAACGAGGCGGUCGACCAGCUGGUGAAGUUCAACCAGGCUCUGGCCGACCACUCCAUGUCUGACAGGCCUCGGCUCAUUGAUGGAAUUGUUCUCACCAAGUUUGACACCAUUGAUGACAAGGUUGGUGCUGCCAUCUCCAUGACGUACAUCACGGGUCAGCCCAUUGUGUUUGUGGGCACGGGGCAGACCUACAGCGACCUGCGCAGCCUCAAUGCCCGGGCUGUGGUCAGUGCCCUGAUGAAGGCUUAAGCGGCCGCAUGUGCCGCUGUAAGUUCAUCGUCUCAAACAAUGUUGUCACACUGCCGUGAGAUGUUCCAGCCCUGCAAGCCCUCGUCUCUCAUCCUACUGUCCCUCCUGCUCUACUUCGCAUCCAAUGAAGAACUCGUGUCACGCAUUGGACUUCUAUCCUCCCAUCCUCCCAGUAAAGGACAAGUGAACACUCUUUGACCAAAGUGGUCAUUUUGCAAAUCAAAGCCACAGAAACCUACCGUUCCAUUAAUUCUAAACUUUGGGCCAAAUUGAGAAGUACCUCCAUCAAUGAAGUCGCAUCCAAAUGACAUUUUGGCUAUAUGGAUUUAGGCUGUAAAUGUCAUUAGUUUACUGGUUCACUCAGUAAAAGACUUUGACAAUAAAGUCCACACCUGGCAUUUUGUCAGUCACUUUUCCCCCUCUUUGUGUAAAUGAGGUCAGGUCAUGAAGGCUGGCUGGAUGUGACAUUUCAGCAGCUGCCGGUGCCUGAGGAAAGCUUAGUGACCAUAGUGCCUAUCUGUCUCCUGUCCUAGAAGUUAACACUGUCACUACAUUGGUGUUUUUUCCAUAAAGAGUACCAUGACAGUUCAGGUGUGAAAUCACUCCUCAUCCAGUGAAGGUGUAUGAAACAAGCUACAUUCACACUACUGCGAUUUUUAAACACGGCUCUGCUGCUAUGGAAUUCAGAGCUCUUAUAAAUACAGAAGUUUGGAGACGCUGUCGUCCCCGUUUUAUUUUGGAAAACUCUGGGGCUACAGUAUAGUCUGGACUGGCAGAAACAAAGAGGUAGACACUCAACAGCUUGCAGAUUGAGUCUGUUAGCCUUUGCUAAAUUGUUGGCGAGUAAUGCUCUCAAUACCGCUCCGCUGUAUUUGUUUUGCCAUGACUCCCAGUCUUGUGUUUGUCUGCUUCCAUGGUUGCUUAAUACUCCAGUAGCAGUUCCACCUCAUUGUCUGUCUAUUAACACAAAGAAAUCCCUGCUCUUACUUUUACCUAUUGCUGCCUCAUGUGUGUAAUCUUUCUGCAACUAACAACUACCUGCAGAGUAAACGUAUCUGCUUCCUGUGCAUGCAAGCAUUGGGUGAUAUGCGUUUUGUAUUAGUUUGGACAGGGACUAAAACUGAUGCAUAGAUCAAAGGCCGGUGUGGAUGGAGAUUGCUUUGGUUUUAUAAUGGCAUUUUAAAACGUAGUAGUGUGGAUGUAGCCUGUUUACAGGUCAGCCAUAGAAUCAAUCAAGUAUCAAGUCUGUGGAUGUUGUAAUUCUCCUAACACACUAACAACUGUGGUACUAGUUUCAGAUGAAUUAUCUCCCAGAGCUCCUCACCUACAUAACACUGUUAACACAUUUAUCACAAAAUGGACAAAUUGAUCCCCUGGUUUUAAGAGAGGAAAAAAAAUAUACUCCCUCAGUUUCAUUUAAAAAACUUUUUAGUUCUUACCAGUCAGAUCUGAGACUCCUUGGCCUUUAUAUUUAUGAUUUAUAUGAAGAAAUGUAUGUUUCAAUUAUCUCUACUCCCCCCUUUAAUUUACGGUAGAGCAAUAUGAGUGUCAGAAGAUUUGAGCUAAUUUAUGAGAAUGUAAACAUUUCUAAAUAAAGCUGCUAUAUGCUACAACGG